AUGUGGUUUGUUCUUUUAUUAGUUGCUUUUAUAAUAUGGAUACUUUAUCGACCCUUUAAAUUUUGGAUUAUUGAUCCAUGGCUCAUUCAUCGUGAUCUAUGGGCUCAAGGUAUUCCGGGACGUCAUAUUCCAAUAGUAGGCGAAAUAUUGCAUAUCCGUAAAAGUAUUCUUGCUGACAACCCACUUGGACAUGGUGCAAAUUUGGCGGCACAAUACGGUGAUUAUUAUCACACUUCGUUCGGUCCCGUGGCUCGUUUAGAUACAUUUGAUCCAGAAUUGAUUAAUGGUGUGCUUAAAACUAAUGCUCGCUGUUAUCAUAAAGCAUAUAUCAUGCGACUAGUUCUGGGCGUAUUAUUAGGAACCGACAAUCUUUUGAUGGCUGAAGAUGAUGUUCAUGCUCAACAUCGUCGAUUGAUAGCACCUGUAUUUCAGCAUCAAAAUAUGAAUUCGAUGAUAUCACUGAUGGUUGAAAUUACAUUGAAUCACAUGAAAAUAUGGUCGACUGCUGUUCAUCAUGAAAAUGAGUCGAUGAGACUCAAUAUUCAUGAAGAGAUGGCACGAUUAACAUUAGAUAUUGUUACAAGUUGUGUAUUCGGUACGGAGAUACUAUCUGAUGAAAAAAUGCACGAAACGGUUCAUCGUAUUGUAAGUGAAUCCCUUGAGUUAAUGGAAAAGCGUUUGUUUAACAUGAUUGCUAUCAUUCCAAUUAUCAACCGUCUUCCAUUGGCAGGCAAACGACGUAUUGAUAGAUGUAUUUAUGAAGGAAAAAAUCUUAUUCGACAAAUUGUCGACAAUCGUAAGAAAGGGCUGACUAAGUCAACUUGUAAAGGUCCUGAUUUGCUUGAUCUACUCCUAGCAGCGUGCGCUAAAGAUAAAACUAGCAAGUUGACCGAUGAAGAAGUCUACGAAGAGGCACUAACGUUUGUUACUGCUGGACAUGAGACAACAUCGACAUUGAUGACUUGGACUCUGUAUAAUCUGGCCAACAAUCCAGAUAUAUGCCGCCGAUUAGAAGCUGAAGUAGACUCGGUAUUGGACAACACUGAAGAGAUAACACCAUCGACUCUCUCACUUUUGACUUAUACUGAAGCUGUAUUGAAAGAAACAUUACGGCUUCAUCAACCAGUACCUGCCAUAGUUCGUACUGCAGUUAAAGAUAAUACACUAGUGGCCAGUGAUGGAAAAGAAAUUCAUAUCAAGAAAGGAACUGGCAUUUUUCUCAAUUUCUACUUGCUGCAUCAUUCGGAAAAAUACUGGCACGAACCAUUCAAAUUUGAUCCAUCCAGAUUCGAUAGCAAUCAAUCAGAUAUAUUGCUCCUACCAUUUUCUGCAGGACCUCGUUCAUGUAUUGGACAAAAUUUUGCCAUGUUGGAAGCUAAAAUAAUGUUAGCAUUGAUAAUUCGACGAUUUCGUUUUGAGCUUGAACCGGGCCAAAAGCUUGUACCAGAAAUUAUUGUUACUAUGAGACCGAAGUAUGGUAUGUGGAUGCGAGUUUCACCUCGAGUACAUUCAUGA